UCUGCACCGAGUCUCUCUGGCGACCAACACAUCCAUGGGAACCACAGCUGAUCUAGAUGGAUGACCCCGACUGAUCAGGACAUUUGAGUUAUAGUUUCUCUGAGACAUAACUGUUAACUUAGCAACAAUGUCUGUCUCCACGGUAUUGGCAAAGGCACUGUUCGACAACACAGCAGAGAGCCCGGAGGAGCUGGCUUUCCGGAAGGGUGACAUCCUGAUGGUUCUUGAACAGGAGCAGAGUGGCGGACCGGGUUGGUGGCUCUGCUCCCUGCAUGGCAGACAGGGCAUUGCCCCUGCCAACCGCCUUCGACUCCUCCAGACCGCCCCACCGCCAGGCUCAGACCUCCGUCAUGGCUCCACUGAGGACUCUGUCUACCUGACGCCUGGUUCCCCACUGGCCCGGACUGCUGUCAGCAGUAGUGCAGAGGACAUAGAUCGAGUGUAUCGCUCCCCGCCAAGCGUCGGGGAGGGACGAGGAGCUGCCUCAAGGCCUGAGGAGCUCCGCAGAGUCGAGGGUGGGCGCCCCCGCUCGCACUCCAGCUCUGGCUCCCGGCCCAGACCUGACUGGGAUAUUGGGGUGGCAGGGCGUCCACGCUCACCCUCUCUUAGAGGACCACGCACAGAAAUGACAGGAACACUUUAUCAGACUCCAGUAAGUCCCAUGCCAGCAGCAGCUCAGCAUGCCAGGCAGCCAGGAGCUCUCAUGGCUACAGAGUCUGUGUACCUCUCCCCUACUGGAGUGCCAAGGGCAGCUGAUGAACCAGAGGACACUACAUAUCUAGUCCCUAGAGAAACACUAACAACAGGACACUCAGACGACUGUUACUUGGUGCCCAAAGGUACACCACUUGCAGGUGAUGAUAUUUACCAAUCCCCAACAGGAGGAGUUGUGGCCACUGCAGUCUGCUCUAAUGGCCCCUCCAUACUCAGCGGAACACCCGGUACCCCCCAGCCCAAAGUGACCCAGGACACACCUGGGAUGUACCAAACGCCCACCCCUGUGGGAGCAAACCUUCACAGGACUUCAGCCACAGUUUUGGCCCAGCAGCACCCAUCUCAAUUAUCCCCUGCCCAAGCAUCUCCCAGACCUCUGCUCAAGGGAAUCUCACCCAACCCUGCUGUUGCCAGGGGCAAACCCGGCCUGGCCUGUCACCGGGGGUCCCCUUUGCUGGUCAGAGCAGGGCAGGUCAGGGUUCCCGGAUCACCAAAUUUUGCCCGCAAACCUCCUCCACCAGCGCCUCCAGUGAGGGGAGUCACCAGAAAAGAUGCACAACAAACACUGCCAUCAUCAGCUGAUUCUAACUCUGCCCCCAAACCCACAGCUCAGGUCACUUCUGCAAGCCUGCAGCAAGAAGUGGACAAACAGAGGGGAACUCCUCAGAGUAAGGAGGAAAGAACGAACAAUGGCCUGGAGAAAAGCAGCAAUGUGCAGAACAAAAAAGGAGAAAAUCAGGAUUACUCGGAUCCUGUGGGUGACCAGGUGUAUGAUACCCCUCCCAGUGGCCGGUGGCAGCGUCAAGUCCCAUCUGCCCUUGGUGGUGAUGAUGGCAUCUAUGACACCCCUCGCAGUGUCCCACCACAAGCUGACUCUGAGACAGAGGUCUAUGAUGUCCCCACCAUCACUCUGAAUGUGUCCACAUCAGAUGUCCAGCCUGAUGAAGGUGAUGACGAUGUAUACAGUGUUCCUUCACUUCCAGGUGUGCCUCUGGGCCCAGGCGAGUCCACUACCAGCCUCUCUGGUGAGGAUGCCUCCCAGGUUGGACAGGUCUAUUGUGUCCCUGGAUCUGAGAAACGAGCCAGCAGUGGAGGUCAUAACCGGGACUUUUCUGAGCCUGACUGUGGCAUCUAUGACAUGCCUGCUUUGACUGUGGAUGUCCUCCCUCACUCUUUGUCAUCCUCCUCCACCUCUACUCGCCGCCUCUCUAUUUCUAGUAACGGUUCAGGUGACGUGCAGUGGAGAGCCUCGCUUUCCAGCCUUGUCCACUCAGUGCUUAGCACGGCCUCCUGCUCAGCUUCCUCUCUGUCGUCGCGGGACCUGGCCACCUCGUUGGCUGAAAUCCUGUCGACCUGGAAAGCCAAUCAUUCAGAUGAUCCUCCACCACCUCUUCAGCAGGCAUGGGCUCGUCUAUCGGACCUUCUCCCGGCGUUAUCCGCUAUUGGCAAUGCUCCUCCAUCUGAAGGACUGUUGUUGCUGGUCCAUCGCUCUCUUGAGGAAAGCGCCCUCCUCUUGCAGGCUCAGGGCCGACCCCGUUUGCCUUCCCAGGAAUCCCUGUCCCGCAGGCCAUUGCCCGCGCUCCCAGUUCCGGACGGGAAGUCCUCAGGAGGUGGGAUGGGCUCCCGUAAAGGUAGCUGGAUCCAGGAGAGACCCCUGCCCCCAACCCCUCAGCCUGCCUUCCCCUUGCCUCCCACUCCAUCAACUGUUACACUGACAGUGGGUCCUAUUGAUGGAGAAGAUGACCCCAGCAAUGAGUAUGCAGGGAUCGGCUUGACUCCUAUCCUUGCCCCAGUACCGACUGGAGACAGUGUUGGAUACGUCAAGCUGCAGGGUAAACCUGAACCACCUCCUGAUGCCCUCACUGAGAACGGACAAAUACAAACUAUCACUGCAGAGCCAAGGUUGACCCCAUCCCCUGCUCUUCCGGGAUCCCUCUCCCUGGAGGACUCAGAGCUGCUGUCCUUUUACUCCUCUCAGAGCCUCGCUCACCUCUCCUGCCUGGCAGACGCCAUCGAUGUGCUCUUCAGCAGCGUGCAGGGGAACCAACCGCCCCGCAUCUUUGUCGCCAGAGGAAAGAGUCUCAUUGUGACGGCACACAAGCUGGUGUUUAUUGGGGACACGCUCUCCCGUCUUCUCACCUCUGCCGACCUCCGGGCCAAGAUCACAACCUCAGGGGGACGGCUCUGCCAGGCCUUGAAGUCAGUUGUCGUGGCAACAAAGGGCGCUGCACAAAACUACCCGUCAGUAUCCGCCACCCAGGAGAUGGUGGACCGUGUCGCUGAGCUCUCCCAGCAAGCAGCUGGCUUCUCCACUCUGCUCCAGCGUCUGGCAGAAAUAUCUUCAUGAUAUUUCCUAUCACUUGCGUAAAAACUUAGUUUACACUACACAUACAUUUUCUCUCUUUGAAAUGCCUUAUUUGUUGUUAGACUCUGUCAUUACCUUUCGUUUGAAUGGGAUUGAAGCAAGCGAGGUUGAAUCCUGGAACAAGUGUUUAGCCUCGCUGCAGCUGUUACUAAGCUGGGUUUUGACUGUGUUGGUUCUGUCCUCCAAGUGUGUGUUGGUUUGCCUUUGUUUAUAUGCUGACCUCUGUGCUUUGAUGCCAGGCACACUUGUCUUUUUGAGUGUUAACUUAUUGAAUAUUUGAAGCCCUGCAGUGACUUUGAGUGUCUGUGCAGACUGCUUGUCUUGGGAGCUUUGCUUUGUUAUGUUUUCUUUCCCUCACAUGAUAGCUAUUUUUCCUUCCUUCCUCUAUUUAUUUAGCCAUCCCCCCUAUUCCAAAAAUAGCACAGAAGGAGGCCUUACAUCCUGGUUCUGGCCUACUUUGUACUGUGAUACCUGAAAGGCCUUUUGUGAUUAUCAUUCUGAAGCUGUUGAAGCAGCAUAUCGAGUGUUUUGGGCUUAAUAUGGGAGAAAUGGAAUAGGGUGUGGAGUAGGAAGUUUGCCUGUCUUCCAUUCUUAAUCUGUGCAAGUAUGUUGUGUUUGUGUUGUACCCAUUUCCACUAGAAAGCAAAGAUUAACUGUGGUGCAGCGUGUAAUCCACUCAGUGAGGAUUGCAACAACAUCUCAAUACAUGUUUGGUUUGCGUUCAUGCAAUCGUUCACACCUCAUGAAGAAUAAUUAAAGUCCUGUCUGACAGAGAGAGAUAAUAACAGAGAAUCCAUGCAGCGACUGAGUGAAUGAUGAGAAAUUGCCUAAUCCUGUUCUUUCCCACAGUCACAUGGUAUCAUGCGAAUGCAUAAGAAACCUGUUGACCAAGUUCACCUGUCUCCACAUGUCUUAUGAUCUGCAUGCUUACGUUUCUUUGACUUUCUUUGCUUUUCAUCUUAAUUUCCCACAAGAUUCUCACCCCUGUCAACAGUGCUUACUCACAUCUGCUUUGAUAGUUUCAAGUCAGCAACUUUGCUGUGAGGGUGUAUGGAAAAUAUAUAUAUAAUUAAUUAUUAAUGUAAAGCAUUGCAGUGGAACACAGUUCACUGUACUGAACAUCAGUUUGAUUAUUUUACAAGCUUUUACACUUGCUAUAUCAAGAUCUUUAUAUUGAUAUUUGAAAAUUACUAUUGUGAUAUUGAUCUUGACCCAUAUUAUCCAGCCCUAAUAGAAACUGUGAAAUGAAGCAAAGCCCACUUUGUGAUUGAAAUGGGAGAAUUUUGCAUAUAUCCAACAAAAGACUUACCUGUUUUCCAUCUCGGACCAUUUUUAUUACUGUCUGUACUUUCAUUUAUGCCAGUCAUCAGAUGUUAUAUGUUGGUCUGCACACAAACGGCUCAGAAACAUGUUCAGUAUGAAGCUGUGGUGGACAUAUAGUAGACUGGAAGUUGAACAAACAUGAUGCUUGUCACAUUUACACUACAUAUCUUUACUGUGUAAACACAUCUCCAGCUUCAUCUUCGGGGUGCUCUACAAAGUUUGAUUAUAAUACUUAAAAAGUGUUAGGAUCUAUCUUCUCUAUGAUUAGUUAUAUUGCUUAACCUAAUAUGCAAGUUUUAUUUUUCAGAUCCAAAUCAGUAUCAUCAGGGCAUUGCAUAAUCAUUUUCUCAGUUGUGUGGCUCAGUUCAAAUCCUUUGAGGAAUAGCUUCCUGCUUUUACAUUUUCUCUGCUGCAGUUCCACCUUGUGGAGGUUUGACGUAUUACUUAAUAAUACCUACCUGCCAAAACGGGCUCUAUACUGUGCGUAUGAAGAGAACAUGAUUGGCAAGUAACCUUUAGCUCUGUAUUUAUUAUGGUCAGUUUUAUGUUCGUUGCGUUCCAGUUUGCAUGGCUUUAAUUUGCUUACAUUUUAUAUAUGCACAUCCUUCACCAGGAGUGAUUUUACUAGGUAAUUUACAAGGAACAGAAAUGUUUGUUUCUUAGGAAAACUACGGUUAAGUUACAGUUCAAAUAUAUGGCUUAUUUGCUUUUGUACAAGAAGUUUGUUUUUUUUACACUAUGGGAACUCAUUUGAGUCUGUUAUCCGUAUUGGCUGAGGUAUAGAAGUUCAUCUUUGACUUUUCUCCUACAGUAAGCAGACCUAAACCUCUUUACUUUUAACACUACAUUUGAUGUCUGUCUUGUAUUCCUGUUCAGAAUGCACAAAUACAUCUUUUGCAAUUAAA